AUGGAGUGGAGGGACAGCUUCUUGGACCUGGUGCUCAUCCCGCUCAGCCUGCUCCUCCCCAUGGCGUACCACGCCUGGCUGUGGCGCGAGGUCCGCCUCCGCCCGCUGCGCACGGCCGUCGGCAUCAACGCCGCAGCGCGCCGCCUCUGGGCCAUCGGCAUGAUGAAGGACAACACCAAGAACGCGGUGACGGUGGUGCAGUCGGUGCGGAACGUGAUCAUGGGGUCGACGCUGAUGGCGACGACGGCGAUCCUCUUCUGCACGGGCGUGGCGGCGGUGCUCAGCAGCACCUACACCAUCAAGAAGCCGCUGAGCGACACCGUGUUCGGCGCGCACGGCGAGUACAUGAUGGCGCUCAAGUACGUGGCGCUCAUGCUGCUCUUCCUCUUCGCCUUCCUCUGCCACUCCCUCGCCAUCUGCUUCCUCAACCAGGCCAGCUUCCUCAUCAACACCUCGGGAUGCCUCUUCUCCUCCUCCGCCGACGCCGACUCCGACUCCGACGCCGCCUCUGGCCUCCCGCUGCCGCACACCAGGGACUACGUCGGCGACGUCCUGGAGCGCGGGUUCACACUCAACCUCGUCGGCAACAGGCUCUUCUACGCCGGGGUGCCCCUCCUGCUCUGGAUCUUCGGCCCGCUCCUCGCCUUCCUGUCCUCCAUGGUCAUGAUCCCCAUACUCUACAGCCUCGACGUCGUCAAUCUCAGGGGGCACAGCGGAUGCGUCGUCAGCGGCAAAUCUGCAGAGAUGAACGGGAGCGACUGCACGCAUGCCGUCUGA